AUGGCCCAGACAAGCUCCAUGAAGCUGCUCGGUGCUCGCAACAUGACAUGCAUUGUGGAGCGCAUGGAGUGGAACAAUAAAAUGGAUCUUAUUGCCUACGGCACGGAAAAAGGCGAGGUGGUCAUCCAGCGGCUAAACUGGCAAAAGAUUGUCACCUUCCCCACGCCUGGCGAAGAUGUCCGAGUGCGGUCCCUCAGCUGGCAAAUGGACGAAACCCUGCUGGCCGUGGGCUACAGCAAUGGAAAGGUGGCUCUGCUCGAUGCCGAAAGUGAGACCAUCAUCUCUGGACUGAUCUAUGACGACGACAUCAAGAAGGUGUACUUCAGCAAAGCCAUCAAUUGCCAGGAGACGCUGGGCAGCUACACCUGCAACGCCAAGGACAAGCACAAGCGAUUCCUGCCCAAGCUCCAGCCGCUGACCAACAUUGAUCCGUGCCUGAAGUCUCUGGACCAGAAAUCCUUCCCCAAGGGCUCGCCCUGCUUUCUGGUGGUGAUCAUGCGCAGCGGGAAAGUGCAUCUGCUGCUGCUGGGCGCCCUACAGGCGGGCAGCAUCGAUCUCACCCAGCACGUACUCCAUCCGGAGCAGUUCGAUGUGUACGAUGUGCGUCUGAACGGUGACUUCAAUGCCAUCUACGCCCUGCUGCGCGAUGGCUUGCAGCUGAAGAUGCUGCACUUUCACAACCAGGUGCUGCAGGAUUGCAUGGCCCCAAUGCUGGAGCUGGCCACGCACUGUGCCCACAUACUGGAGACAAAAAACUACAUCAAUGACACACAGCAAUGCCUGACGGAGGCCUGGGAGACGGUCCAGCUGGAGAUGGACAAUAAACUGACAAAAUAUGCCAAUUCGCAGGCGUACGGGAUGAUAUCCACACACUUCCUGGAGCUGCAUGUCUUCGGGUUCGCCACCUUCGAGGUGGAGGAAUUUCUGUUCGACACCCUCUCAGAGAAGGGCUUCAAGAAGAUAGCCAAUUCGGUGGAUCUCAGUCUGAACAAUCUUCAGGGGCUGGUCUUCAAGCAGCUCAAUGGAGCGGCCAUCAAUAUGUUUUAUUUUCUCAACACAAUUGCGGGCUUUGGUCGCAUGUCGCACUUCUUUGAGAGUCUCAUCUCCCCAGAGGUGGCCGUUGAGGCGAUGCGUUCCUGCGGUGCCUUCUAUCUGAAGGUGCACGAGCUACAGCGCACCAUCGAUUCGCUGGUGAACGACAUGAAGCUCUUCCACGCCUGGAUGAUAUUCACCAUCUUGCGGCUCUCGCACCAGGAGAUACCCGACGAGAUGGUACUCAGCGAAGAGGAGAACGUUGCCCUGGCCGAUCUCCUAUGCGCCAUGGAGCCGGAUCUGGAGGAGGGCAGCGACGAUGAUGAGAACAUCGAAUGCCCCAGUGGGGGAAUGCCCACGCGCAGCAAAUUCAAUCUGGAGCGAGUGGGGCAGUAUCUGGAGAAUGCCUGCCUCACGCAGCUCUAUCCUGUGGACCCAAACCAGCUGUGGGAGCAGAUGCUGGCCGAGAACGAGUGCCUGGGCCAGUGCCCGUUGUUUGUGCCGCACGACAAGAAGCUGUCGCUGGUGCAGCAGCGCGACAAGAUGUUCAAUGCCAUAGAUGCCGUCUUCCACAAGCCCACGGAGAGCAUUAGCGCCAGCUUCAAGCUCAGCACGGCCGUCGUCUGCUGUCAGUUGCCGCCCAUGGAGCCUGAGGAGGAGCAGGACUUUGUCACCUGCAGCUAUUAUGUCCAUGAGGCCGGCCGAUGUGAUAUGCUUGCUGUAACCAUCAGUUGGCAGGAGGCCAUGGUCCUGGAGUUCAGCCGGGCCGAGGAUUGCCUACUGCGCUGCACCCGCGUCCAGCUUCUGCCCGGUCCCUUCACCCCCCAGCUGCACGAGGACUACUACAACCUACGCUUCGUCGAUCUGCAGUUCUACAAUGAGUCGAGCCUCUCCAUGCUGGCCCAGAGCACCUCCUCGACGCCCGGUGUGCGUCCCCACAGCUACUUCAUUCAGUUCUCCCUCAGUGCGGCGCGGAAUCAAAGCACCCAACAUCAUCUGGCCCCGCUCAUGAAUCUGCCGGAUGCCACUGUGACACAUAGUAUCCACGACAUACCCGAGGCGGCUGCCUUCAAGGGUUUAGAUGGGGUGUGCGAAAUGCUGGCCGUCUCCGGCAGCCGCAAGGUGGCCACAGUGCUGUCCGAUCGCAAGCGCAAAAUGACCAUUUUCGAGAUGGAGAUCGAGGAUGAGGAGGACGACACGGAGAUGUCGCAGGCCUCAUUCCUGGAGAUCAGCAAGGAGUCCAUUCUGGCCAUCAAUGAUUCGGAUAAACAGGAUUGAAUCCGAGUCUUUGUCUCUUUUAUCAUUAUUAAUCUUUAGUAUGGUAGGCGCUUUCAUUUAUUAUUAAAAUUCGAUCCCAAAACGAACCAUAA